CUGCAGUGCGAUUAUUAGUAGCAACGAUGAGGCCGAUAUUUGUUGGGAACUUUGGGUAUGACACCCGGCAAUCUGAACUGGAGCGCUUAUUCGCCAAAUAUGGGAGAGUUGAGCGGAUCGACAUGAAAUCUGGAAUUUCUUCUAAGGAAAAUGAGCCAAGCUCCUAUCUGGGCUCACCACCAUGGCACCAUCUGUGCAUAAAAAUUAAUUUGGAAGGAAACUUCCUGCUUGCCUGCUUAGCUUCUUCACCUACAGAUAGCAUCAUCCUGAUUUUUCUUCAAUCAAUCAUUCGUCAUUCAUCUACCAUCACUUAAGUUGCAAUACACCAGAAUAUGGAUUGAUCUUUAUCUCAUGCCUCAUCAAUUAAGUUGCAAUUCAUCAGAAUCGUGUUAAUGGAUUGAUCUUUAUCUCAUGCCUUGCCUAGCUAUCACCACUGAUCAUAGGACAUCACUGAAAUCUGAUCAUGCCUUCCAUAUGAUAAUAGUGGCUGAAUGAAAUCUGUCAUGCCAUGCCUUCCAUUUCUGAACUCGUGCUGUGUGAAAGGCGAAGGAUAGUUGAAAUUUUGGAUUAAAACCUUUAGUAGACAACCAUCUUAGUCCAUCAUGCAACGUCUCUACCGCUAUAUGUGCAUCAGUCCUCCCAUAUUUGCAGGUGUUGUAUUUUUUAUAGUUUAUCCCAGGGAAAGAAAUCACAAGGCUGAGUGACAAUACCUGCUAAAUGGAUGAUGCUUCAACAGCUUACCAGUUUUGUAUAUCUAAUUGUUAUUAUUUGGCAGGUUUUGCCUUUGUUUACUUUGAAGAUGAGAGGGAUGCUGAAGAUGCCAUUAGGGGACUUGAUAACUUGCCAUUUGGUUAUGAUAGACGCAGAUUGUCUGUGGAAUGGGCUAGGGGUGAACGAGGUCGUCAUCGUGAUGGGUCCAAGUCAAUGGCAAAUCAGAGGCCAACAAAAACCCUGUUUGUGAUCAAUUUUGACCCAAUUCGCACUAGAGUUCGUGAUAUUGAAAGACACUUUGAACCUUACGGGAAGGUGCUCAACGUUCGCAUUAGAAGGAACUUUGCAUUUGUACAAUUUGAAACGCAGGAGGAUGCAACUAAAGCUCUUGAGUGUACCCACAUGAGCAAAAUUUUAGACAGGGUUGUGUCAGUUGAAUAUGCUUUGAGGGAUGACGGUGAGAGGGGUGAUCCUUUUGAUGAAAGCCCUCGAAGAGCAGGUUAUGGGCGGCCAGGGGAUAGUCCCUACCGGAGGUCACCUAGUCCCGUGUUUCGCCGUCGACCAAGUCCUGAUUAUGGACGAGCUCGUAGCCCUGCCUAUGAUAGGUAUAAUGGGCCUUAUGAACGACGCAGGAGUCCUGAUUAUGGUAGGAACCGAAGCCCUGAAUAUGGUGGUGGUAGAUUUCGCAGUCGUUCACCCAUUCGGAGGUCAAGAACCUGAAGGGAAAUCUAUUGUUGAAUUUUCAGUAGUUACAUUCUUAGGUUUAGGUCUGUGGAGUGUGUUAAGAGAUAGUGACAAGUUCUUGUACAACCCUCGUAUUGACUAUUUGUUGGUAGAUUUGGGAUGAUUAAAAGAACACGGUUUAUCUGUUUUGAACUUAGUGGUUUUGAUCCAACAAUUUUCAAGGCUAUCCAGCUUCUUCUAUGCGUUUGAAAUGUUAA